AAAAUGGAUGGAAUGAAUCAGUCCACGGUAUCAGAAUUUGUGCUUUUGGGACUCGCACACUCACAAAGUAUUCAAGUCUUACUCUUCAUGAUGUUCUUGAUACUUUAUCUGUUCAUUGUAUCUGGAAAUAUUGUAAUUGUCGUCUUAAUAACCACUGACUCCCAUCUCCAUUCCCCUAUGUACUUUUUGUUAGCAAAUCUGUCUUUUAUUGAUAUGUGGCUUUCUUCAGUCACCACUCCUAAAAUGAUCACAGACUUUCUCAGAGAAAACAAGACCAUUUCCUUUUCAGGGUGCAUGUCUCAGGUCUUCUUUGCCCAUUGCAUUGCUGCAGGAGAGAUGGUGUUGUUGGUGGUUAUGGCUUAUGACCGCUAUGUGGCUAUCUGCAAACCACUCCACUACUUCACCCUCAUGAACCUGAAAAGAUGCACUGGGCUGGUGUUGACUUCCUGGACCAUUGGCUUUAUCCAUGCCAUGAGUCACCUGGUAGUGAUUGUGCAGCUGCCCUUUUGUGGGCCCAAGGAAAUUGAUAGUUUUUUCUGUGAUAUGCCACUGAUAAUCAAGUUAGCCUGUAUGGAUUCACAUGACUUGGAUAUUUUAAUGAAUGCUGACUGUGGGGUUGUGGGUGUAACCUGCUUUAUUCUGUUGCUCAUAUCUUACACAUAUAUCCUUAUAACUGUUCGCCAGAGCUCUAAAGCUGGUGCAUCUAAGGCCCUGUCCACAUGCACUGCCCACAUCACAGUGGUGAUGAUCUUUUUUGUGCCCUGCAUCUUCAUCUAUGUAUGGCCCCUCAAAAUCACCUGGUUGGACAAAUUUCUGGCUGUAUUUUACUCUGUUUUUACACCUCUCCUAAAUCCAGCCAUUUAUACACUGAGAAAUAAAGAGAUGAAAAAUGCUAUGAAAAGGUUUAUAAAUAGCUACAUUGAUUCCAAAAGAAAUUCCUAA